AUGUCGUUCUUCGGCUUCGACACCAAUCUGCCCAAGGACAAGUCCGGGUCGAACAAGGGUAUCUUCGAGCACAAUGACCCUUUCGCCGGAAUUGCACAGGCGCGCAAGCUGCAGGCGUUUCAAGGCAAUGACGAGGAAGAACUCGACUUCGAGGACACAUACGAUGGCUUGGCCGACAAGCUCCAAGAGACGGGUGAUGACAUGAACGACGAUACCUUCGGAACCGGUGCAGAAGCUGGACCUGGACAGGAUAGUGUUGGUAGAGACUUUGACUUUUUCGGCAACACUGCACAAGUCUCCAAUGCUAUCGGUGAGGAGCAGAUGAGAUAUCACCUCCAGCACCCUUCUGCUUACGAAGAACCUGCCACGGCUCGAUCUAGCAAGCCUAAGCGCACCGGCUAUGAGAAAUACGAGGACCCUGGGUACAUCCCUGAUAUUCAGGCCAAGUCCGGUGCAUGGAGCUCCAAGACUCCCGCCGCUCCCACUCAAGCUUCUGCAGAAGCGCUCGCGAGCACCGGCCGCGGUGCUCCUGCCCGAAAGAUGAUGAGCCUCGAGGAAGUUGAAGCGCAGAUGCGUGCCUCUCGCCAACAGCGACCCCAAGUUCCUCAGCAAGAUCCCUAUGCCUUUCACCAUCACCAGCCUCCUAGCCAGCCGCAACAGCAUAUACCGCAGCCAACUCCUCCGUACGCUCAAAUGCAAGCUCCUCCAGUUUCUCAGCCGAUGCCACAGGUCCCCCCACCGCAACAGCGCACUGCACCUCAGCCUGCACAAGUCCGAGCUCCACAACAGCCGCUACAGAUCUUACAAAAUCCCAACAGACCUCGUCACUCACCCCAGCCUAGCCUCGACAGAGGUGCGGCUGGUCCAGGUGGUCAGCCUGUUAUCACAAAUGCCCAACAGCUGAUGGAUCUCUCCGACGAGCAGCGUAAAGCGUACCUAGAGGAAGAUGCUAAGCGUGCUAAGCGCAAUCACAAGAUCUUCUUGUUGUCCAAAGGCAACGGUCUCAUGAGCCCUCAAGACAAGAAUUUCAUCACUAGAAUCCAGCUGCAGCAGCUUGUCAGUGCGACCAGCAAUCCCACGGACUCCAGCCCAGAGGCCGCGCUUGCUGAAGAUUUCUACUAUCAGGUCUAUAGUCAGAUACGUGGGGCCCCAAGACAACAUCCCACACAACCGCUAGGUCAUUUUGCGCAAACGUACCUCUUCCAGACUGGCAACCGAGCAAACAACAACCGUCGGCAUCAGAUCACUGGAGACAAUCACAUGCAGCGAAUGCAGCAGCAGGUUCAAAGAGCUGUUGAGGCCGCCAAGCUGAAGCCCAAGAACAAACAGCUGAUCAUUGAAGGCAGCUUGGGCAAGAUCUCUUUCAGUAACGCCAAGACCCCGAAGCCUCUGCUCAAUAUCAAGCGGCAGGAAAGUACCGAUGCGCGACCUACAAGCAAGGGUCAGGCAUCCAGCAAGAGCGAUCGGAAGACCAGUCUCAAGAACAUUGAAGCUGUCUACACCGACUUGAUGAACCUUGAGGACCAAGAGAGAAAGAUGCCUCCCCCGCCUCAGGAGGGGGAUGCAGAUGCAGUGCAGGCGAGCAUUGAAUGGCGCGAAUCUUUCAAGACGCUUAUCACCAAGCUCUGGCAGGACCUGAAGGUUCUUGAUCCCAUCGUCCCGGGCGCUCUCGAGACUCACCCGUUCAUUGCGAUGCUGUCGUUUCCCAAGUGCAAAAAGCUCAUCCCAAGAGUGUUCCGUCUUAUCGAUUCUGAGCAGCGCGUCACAAUUCUCACUAUGAUCGUGGUGCACCUGGAUCAGCUUGAUGUCGUGCGCAACGGCAAGACGCCACCAGGGGAGUCGCAACCCCCUGCUGCUGUUCGUGAAGAGAUCGAGCUAUUCUCCCAACAGGUGAUGCCUUGCUUGCUGGGUUACAUCACUGAUGCACCAAUCAACAUCAUCAUUGGUCUUCUUGGUCUUAUCAUGGACCAUACCAACUUGAGCGAUGUUGUCCAGACAAAGAUUGGUUUGUCCAUGCUCACAAUCCUGCUCAGCAGAGCCGAGCUUGUGAAGGAGACGGGUACGGUCGGCGAUCAAGACUUCCAGCAGUGGUCCACCCUCUACAACCGCCUUUUCGAUAUUCUUGAACCACUGUUGGUCCUCAUAUUUCCGGGCCCUGUCAAUAGCAGCGACGAUGUCUAUGUAUGGCAAUUCCUCGCUGCUGUAGGUAUUGGCGCGACCCCCGAACAGCAACAGAGGCUAGUGAUUGGAGUGAAGGAUCGAGUGAUGGAGACAGUGAUGCAGAGCAAAGCUUUGCCAGCGGACAUGUCGAGCGUACGCCUGGGCAACGUGAACUUGUUCAUGCGAGCUAUCGGACUUGACGUCGAAAUGCUUGGCUAA